AUGCCCUCCUACUUCUACCACAUCACUCUCGAAGUCCUAUCCCACCAGCAAACCAGCGAAGCACACACAACUUCAAGAGAGCCACAUCCACACGCCAACGCCUCUCUCGAAGAAUACGCGCUAUCACUCAAAUCGCUGCGGGAAUCCAUACGUCCGUUUCGCAGGAAAAAGACCAAACCUGUACCAACCUCCGCCACUGAUCUCGCGAGCCAGCUAGCUACGACAUCCCUACAAGACACGUCGAUACACACCGAUUGUGAUUCUCGAGCAGAUAGCGUCUCUAUCCAGGGCAUCAAUAUGGUUCAUAACGAAAUAUCCAAAGGCAUAGGUUCGAAUGUCAUCAGCGGGUUGGCUACGAAGGGCAAAUACGUUCCUCUCGAUCUAGGACUGACGGAUAGCGUGUACGGGAUUGUCCAUCUUUAUCGAGAUGCGGAAGAAACCCCCUCGUUAAGCCAGGAUAACCACGACCAAGACCUAUUUUAUUUGCAAGGUGUGGGCUCUUCUUCGCACGCGCCUGUUUCCAACCACCCGUCUGGCUCUGGCUCUGGUUCUGCCUAUGCGUCAGCGUCAGCAUCGGGAUCAGGAGGAAGUAGACCGUCUGAAGGAACCCUUUCGCUAGACGACUGUACCACGUUAUGCAUUCUUGCUGUGCCAUCGUAUUUGUCUCCUUCGGAUUUUUUGGGGUAUGUCGGUGAACAGACGAUGGAGGACGUUAGUCAUUUCCGAAUGGUCAAGACCGCGCGGGCGAAUAGGUAUAUGGUUUUAAUGAAGUUUCGGAGCGGUAAAAAGGCAAAGGAAUGGCAGCAUGGUUGGAACGGGAAGCUGUUCAAUAGUAUGGAGCCUGAAGCAUGCCAUGUGGUGUUUGUCAAAGACGUAGAGAUACAGGUUAAUUCUUCGGCAGCAGAGUCGAAAUUUCCUGAUAUGAAGAAUGAUCCGUUUACCUUUUCGGAUGCCCCCUCGACAAUGUCGAGUAAGCCGCUGGCACCGCCUACGCCGUCAUUGAUAGAACUGCCUACGUGCCCUGUCUGUCUGGAGCGAAUGGACGAGACUUCAGGGCUUCUUACGAUUCUGUGCCAGCAUGUUUUCCAUUGCACUUGUCUACAGAGAUGGAAAGGAAGUGGGUGUCCCGUCUGUCGGUACACGCAGGAUGACCUUGGUAAACGGAAUGUCAAUUUUGCCAUGGACGAAGGGCCGAGUGAGUGUAGUGUCUGCCAUUCAGAGGCUAAUCUCUGGAUAUGUCUGAUAUGCGGCAACGUCGGGUGUGGACGGUACGACGGAGCUCAUGCCUUCGACCACUACAAGGAGACGUCUCACUCGUUCGCCAUGGAUCUUACCUCCCAACGGGUCUGGGACUACCUAGGAGACGGCUAUGUCCAUCGUAUCAUACAGGGGAAGUCGGACGGUAAAUUGCUUGAGCUUCCAGCCAGAGGAGACAGCGCCCUCGACCCUCCAGACUGGAGCGACGCCGUGCCACGAGAAAAGUUCGAAAACAUCAGCGUCGAAUAUACCCACCUACUCACCAGCCAACUCGAAAGCCAGCGCGUCUACUUUGAAGAGCAAGUUGAGCGUGCUGCGGAUAAAGCUUCACAGGCUAGUGCAAGCGCGAUAUCCGCGCAGGAGGCAGCGGAAGGCCUAGCCAAAGACAUAGAGAAGCUGCAAUCACAGUAUGAUAGUUUGACUCGAGAAACUAUCCCGUCUCUGGAGCGCGACAAGGUCCGCGCCGAGCGCCGAGCAGAAAAAUUCGAGUCCAUGUCCCGGACGAUGGAGAAGCAAUGGCGGGAAGAAAAGACGAUGAACACCAGCUUAAUGGAGCGAGUGGAGUUUCUUGAUGCAGAGGUGACCAAGCUCAAGGCUGCGAACGAGGAUCUAGCAGAACAGAAUCGGGAUCUUACAUUCUUCAUCAGCGGGACUGAACGGCUGAAGGACCAGGGUGAAGACAUUGUGGAGGGAACAGUCAGCGUUCCAGAUCCUCCGACAUCAAGCUCGAAGCGGAAGGGAAAACGCAAGGCAAAGAAGUAG